GCAGGGGCGCCCGGGCCGGGUGACGCCGACGCCGCCCGCGCCCCUCCCAGACCCCGCUGGCCGCAUGGAGCCCCCGGAGGGCGCCGGCCCCGGAGGUAACACCGUCUUUGUUGCAGAAAUGGUUAAGGAGGCUGAGGUGCCACAGGCAGCCCUGGGCACCCUGGCCCAUGGGACAGGAGACAGCUGCCACUCGCCCACGGCCGAGGAGGAGGUGGGCAUCCCGAUACCAGCACCGGGGCUCCUGCAGGUCACAGAGAGGCGGCAGCCCCUGAGCAGCGUCUCCUCCCUGGAGGUGCACUUUGACCUCCUGGAUCUCACUGAGCUGACAGACAUGUCCGACCAGGAGCUGGCUGAGGUCUUUGCUGACUCGGACGACGAGAGCCUGGCCAGCGAGUCGCCAGCAGGCCUGCACCCACUACCCCGGUCUGGCUGUCUGCGCUCCCCCUCCUGGACGCGAACCAGGGCCGAGCAGAACCGAGAAAAGCAGCCACUUGGUGACCAGGAGCGCCAACCAGCAAUUGUGGACACAUUUCUCACCGUGGAGAGGCCCAAGGAGGACUAGGCCAGCUGGCCCCGGGGCCCAGGCAGGACAAAUCCGGACAAUACUGACCCCAUGGACACUGCCCACCCAUGUGGCUCUGGGUCAGGUUCUCGGGGUGCCCCAGCACAAGCACAGCCCAAUGGCCUUAUGUCCCCCUCCGUCCCAGUCCCUGAGUCUCGGACAACAAUGGCUGAGGACGAGGUGGGAGUGGCCUAGGCCUUUUGGAAACUUCUGUCUGCAGGAGGGGUGCUCUCAUCUGCCACAAGAAUCCCGAGGGGGUGUGGGGUGAGGGGGACCUAAGUCGGAGACAGCUUCUCUGCAAACCCCCUGAGGGCCUCAGGGUUCUGGUCUGGGAAUGGCCACACCGUGCUCCAGCCCGCGGGAUGCUCUGCUAUCCAGCCAAGUGUGUGGGUAGGGGAGUCAAUGCCACCUUCAUUUCAGUCCCAUCCUCUUCUUGCCACCCAGGGAGCAAUGCUGGCACCAGGGCCCCCUCCUCAGGCCCUAAGACCCUGCUUGUCUUGGUCCCCGUGUGACAGCCGAGCCCACCCUCCGUGGUUCGUAACACCAAAUAAGGCACAGUC